AUGGAGCCGCCACAUGUCAAAUCACCAUAUCAGGCAACCAUCAGCGCUAGUCGUUGCCAGGGUCUCAUCGUCGAGAUCAACUCGAUGAUAGAGAUUGCGAAGCAUGGAAGACUGCAACUCGAUUUCGAUCAAUAUAGCUCUUUAGAAGCAGCAAGUCAGGAGCUUGCUAAAAUUGCGUCUAGCUUUGCUGGAGAGGUAAAAGAACUAGUGAAGAGGAGAAAGCAUACUGUCAUUCUAGAAGGGCAAAAGCUUUUGUCACAUGCCGAAUCCAUGAAAUCAGAGUUAUGGGCCACCGGCAAGUUGAGAAAUAAAACCACAUUCAUUAGAAAUAUACAGUUAUUCUUCAGACCCCCAGAGGAAUCAAAACUAGACAACCCGCCAGUCCGCCAAAGGAAGAAGUUAACUCGCGAGCGAUCUGAAAGAAUUCGAAACCUAACGCCAGAUGGGACAAUCACAUGGGCCGCUGCUUUUAUUCCCAGUGUUUGGGAUUCGAACCAUUUAUCGAAGAGCACUUUCGACUUCGUUGUUGAAUUUCUGGAUUCGGACCAUCCACAUCGAUGGCCUGCUCAAGUAUACGAAGUGUUGGAUACACUAGCAGCUGAGCAACCACUCCAAGAUUCGCCGGAAUUCAAGAAUUUCUUGAUAUCGGUGAAUAGAAGUGCAGAAGAUGCUCGAAGGGAAGACCAAUCUGUAAUACAGCAGACUGAGCCAAGGUCGUAUGGCGUCCCUGAAGUUCACGGGCCUGCCCAAGAAGUCAUCGAAAUGGCAUUCCUCGUUCCACCUUCCAGGUUGGAUGGACUCCUGAAACUCUAUCCUCCAUCAACAUCUCGCCAUAGCAUUAUCCUUACGAUUCCUAUCGAAGACCGCGUUGCAACAGUGGUUAUAUCUAUACCCCGUGAAGACGCUGUCCGAUUCGGCUACGAGUCCACUUUGCCUGUGAUCUUCAAUUCGAACCCCCUCUCUGCGUGA